AGACAGAGGUUUAAAGAAAAGUCAAAGUGAAACUGUAGAGAGUGGACGACGGUUCUGUUGUUGUCUAUUACUGUCCGGUAGAAUUUGUACGAGGGUUUGUCUGUUUUGCUGGAUGUAUUCUUAGAGUGCUAGUUGCGCAUAAAUGGCUUAAAACAAUCCUUGCUAUUCUUAACUCUAGUUUGGUCCUUCCUUGACGGCUGAUCGCUACUGGAUUUAAAGCCGAAACAAGUCAGAAAUGCAUCUUCUUGGUAUUCUUGUGCUGAUGUUAUGCGACAUGGCACUCAGUGCCUCUCUUCCAGUAGAUACGAUCAUAGUUCAGGUCCAGCGGUGGGGAGUGGUGGGUGCUCAUCCGGUCGUGAAUCAAGUCCUUCUCAACGGAGUCGCUCUCACUGGCACAAGCCAGGAAGCUGACAGCAUUAUCCAAACCAUGUCAGCUGAUGCACUCCCUCCAACUCUUAUCAGUGUCAACCAGACUUCAGUAAUAACCUCUGUAGGAAACCACACGGUCAUUCGUUCUCGUGAAUGUAUACUGGAGGGAUCUCAGAUGCACUGGACCGACCGUGUGUUCUACGAUGGGAAGGUCUAUCUGACUCUGGAACACAAUGACGUGUGGACAGCCCACGUACCGCAAGCACUGGCCCUCAAAGGGUUGUGGGACCAGGAAGUGCAGCGCACAAGGACGGACAGGAUCCGCCUUGAGGAGGGAUGCAUCAAGCUAAUGAGAGAGUUGAAGCUUUCUGAGGAGCAGUCAGUUCCAGGGGCUCCUUUGAUGUUUCUGAUCCCAGUCUUGGCUCUCGUGGCAUUUGCCGGACUAAUCAUAAUCAGCCUUCUUCUCUCCGAAAACCAGGGUGAGUCUGAGGCACCCUGGAGGUGUUAUUGGCUCAAUUAUACACUACCCUAAGGACAUGACUGAAAUGGAUACAGAGAUUAAAGGCAGUGGUUACCGUACCUUGUAAGUCUAAGCUCCAGCUGAUUAACAGGCUCACGUUGGACCUUCCUACUCCAUGUCUGCUGUUGAGUGUCCACUUACUGAUUCAAUACAUCUGCAGUGUUGCUCCAUGAAUGUAACCAAACCUUUGCUCAAGUACAAACAGUCAGCUGUGACACACAUGUGGUCUGGCGUCCAAACCACAUUAUUUUAUGCACUUUAAUGCAUGGAUCACACUAUACACUGGUGCUUUUAUUGCAUUAUACUUUUAACACUUGUACAUGCAAAGAAGUGUAAAUAUGUUCACUGCCUGCAGCAAUGUAUAAGCUUUUUUGUACAACUGACAUUUUCAACAGUUAUAAUUUCUGGGAUAAGUUAUUCAAGUAAACAACUUUAAUGGAAAUAUACAAUGAAAAGGUUCUGUUUCAUGCAUGCACAGUAUCUUAUGCAAGUUACGACAGAGAGUGUCACAAUUUGUCUUACAGUCUGUACAUAAAGCCCUGCUGAAAUUAAGUGUUUUGUUUUGCAACUGAUAGACCAGUUACAGUGAAACUGGAUGGACUCGAGUGUGUCCAGUUAUCCAAAGAGUCAGACUGUCCUGUGUUGUUGUUUGGUCGUUGUGAUUAGAUCUUUUCAUAUUUAAAUAUUCCUUUGGGAUUCUUUACAUUGUUGUGACUGUCAAUAUGUUUUCCCAUUUUAUUUGUUCAUGGAAAAUUGUAAGAAAAUGUUUAAUAAAAGAUACUUUUAUGGCA